CAGAAGUUUCCUGCAGAGUUGCACCUUUCGAACGGAUCCAGGGCCCAAUCAGAACGCAUCAUGCUCACCAGGAACGUUGUUCUUCUGUUCUCGCUGUUCGUCCUGCUGGUGACGGGAGACCUCGACUCCAACGAUGCUGGAAUACAAGCCAUGUCAACAGAUAAAGACUCCACGUCUGAUGAAGCCCCCACAGAGAGUAUGAACGCAGUCUCUCCUGAUCAGCCCGAUGAGUUCCAGUAUUACGGAGGAGGACCUGCAGAUACGAGCAGCUCCAGUUCAGAGACUGCAGACGCUCAAGCAGCCAAUCAGGUGGCAGCAACCGAACCUGUAGCUGCUGCAAAGAGUGAAGAGGAAGAAGAUGAAGAUGAGACCCCCGACUCUGAAGAAGAAGGGAAGAAGAAGUUCAACUCUCGCUCCGCCAAACCUCAGAGCCCCGCCCUCCCCCAGCAAAGCCCCGCCCUCCCGCAGCUAAGCGCUGGCCACAUUAUAAUAAGCCCCGCCCAUCUCCCCGAGAGCCCCGCCCUCCCCCCUCAGCCAAUCAUUCCUCAGCCCAAAGCUCUGGUGAGAAACCGGAUGUCCAAGAGACGAUCCCGAACCAACCGCCGCCAGAUAUAAGCAUAAACAGUUAGACUCACGGAGACACAAACAUAUAUAUAUAUAUAUAUA